AUGGUUGACGCAUUCAGGAUGAGCGACCUCGGCCUGCUUCGCUACUAUCUUGGCAUUGAAGUCAGGUAGAGCAUGGGGGGCACCUCGAUCAGCCAAGGAGCCUACGCUGCCAAGAUUCUGGAGAGGAGCGGCAUGGUAGGGUGCAAUCCCUAUCAAGUACCAAUGGCAACACGUCUUAAAUUGAGCAAGAGGAGCACGGAGCCGCUGGUGGAUGCAACAGCAUGUAGAAGCAUUGUGGGGAGUCUCAGGUACCUGGUCAAUACAAAGGAUCACUUGGCCGCUGUGAAGCAAAUUCUUUGUUAUGUGGCAGAAACCAAGAACUGA